GCUAUUACCCAGCAUGCCCCGCGGUCCCGUUCUCUUCCUCAGUCCAAGAUGCCGAAAGGAAAGAAGGCCAAGGGCAAGAAGGUGGCACCUGCCCCUGCUGUAGUCAAGAAGCAGGAGGCCAAGAAGGUUGUCAAUCCUCUCUUUGAGAAGAGGCCCAAGAACUUUGGUAUUGGACAGGAUAUCCAGCCUAAGCGUGAUCUCACACGUUUUGUGAAAUGGCCCCGCUACAUCAGACUCCAGCGCCAGAGGUCCAUUCUUUACAAAAGAUUGAAGGUGCCCCCUGCAAUUAACCAGUUCACUCAGGCUUUGGAUCGCCAAACAGCUACUCAGCUUCUGAAGCUGGCACACAAGUACAGGCCUGAAACUAAGCAAGAGAAGAAGCAGAGGCUGCUGGCUCGUGCUGAGCAGAAAGCUGCAGGAAAGGGAGAUGCUCCAACGAAGAGGCCACCAGUCCUCCGAGCAGGUGUUAACACUGUUACAACUCUGGUGGAGAACAAGAAAGCUCAACUUGUAGUAAUUGCCCAUGAUGUAGAUCCCAUUGAGCUGGUGGUUUUCUUGCCGGCUCUGUGCCGCAAGAUGGGAGUGCCAUACUGCAUCAUCAAGGGCAAAGCCAGACUGGGGCGACUGGUCCACAGGAAAACCUGUACCUGUGUUGCCUUCACCCAGGUUAACCCGGAGGAUAAGGGAGCCCUUGCAAAGCUGGUGGAGGCUGUCAAGACCAACUACAAUGACAGAUACGAUGAGAUCCGUCGUCACUGGGGUGGUAACGUCUUGGGUCCAAAAUCAGUGGCUCGCAUUGCCAAGCUUGAGAAAGCAAAGGCUAAAGAACUGGCAACUAAGCUGGGUUAAAAAUGUACUGGGUUGCUGCCAUGUUUCUGUACAUAAAAUAAACCUUCAAAUUAA